AUGGAGGACAACAAAGACGAAAUUGCCAUAGUUGGGAUAGGAUGCAAUUUCCCAGGAGGUGAGGGGCUUGACAAUUUCUGGAAGGUUCUAUUGGAAGGGAGGAACUGUGUCGUAGACAUUCCAGACGAGAGGUUUGACAGCACUUAUUGGUAUGAUCCUGAUGAUAGCAAACCUGGAAAGACGCAAACAACCAAAGCUGCUCUUAUAGAUGGGUUUAAUGAGUUUGAUCACAAGUUCUUUGGCAUCACUGAGGCUGAAACGGAUUUCAUGGACCCUCAGCACAAGCUCCUACUCCAGUGUACAUACAGGGCAUUAGAGGAUGCUGGAAUGCCAAUGGAGAAAGUCAGUGGUACCAGAACAGGUGUUUACAUAGGUCUCAUGAACAGGGACUAUGAGACCCUCCUGAACAACAGACCCAGCACCAUAACCCACUACAAUGGCACAGGGACGGCUAUGAGCGUGGCGGCCAACAGGAUAUCCUUCAUCUUCAAUCUCACUGGUCCCUCGUUUGCCAUAGACAGUGCAUGUUCCUCCUCCUUGGUGGCUCUCCAUUCUGCCUGCCAGGCCAUCAAGCAAGGAGACUGUGAAAUGGCUCUCUGUGGCGGUGUAAGCUGUAUCAUAGAGCCGCGAGUCUUUGUCGCUCUCAGCAAGGCAAAGAUGAUUUCACCUGAAGGCACCAGCAAACCUUUCUCCAGCAGAGCAGAUGGCUAUGGCAGAGGAGAGGGCUGCGGGGUUAUUCUGCUGAAGCCACUGAAAAACGCUCUGAGGGACUUUGACAAGGUAUGGGGCAUAGUAAGAAGAACUGCAGUAAACCAAGAUGGUCACACUGUCACUCCAAUCACCAAGCCAUCCAUGGUCCAGCAGGUAGAGCUACUACACAGAAUCUACUCGGCAGAGUCUGACCUGUCAUCUGUCCAGUACAUAGAGGCUCAUGGGACUGGAACUCCAGUGGGCGAUCCCAUAGAAGCAGGCAGCAUCUCCGAAGUCAUUGCCAAAGCCAGACCUCCAGGUUCAGAAACACUCUGCAUCGGCUCUGUGAAAGGCAACAUUGGACACACAGAAUCUGCAGCUGGAGUGGCAGGUCUAAUCAAGGUACUCCUAAUGAUGAAGCAUGAAAUCAUUGUCCCUUCACUGUUCUACUCUGAGGAUAGUGCCAGUAUCGAUGCCAAAGUUCUCAAUGUAAGAGUUCCGAUCAAAGCAGAGAAGUGGGAAAAAACAGAGCCCAUGGCAAGGCUAGCUGGCAUUAAUAGCUUUGGGUUUGGAGGGACAAAUGCUCAUGCGAUAGUGAAGGAGUAUGUGCAGGGCAACAACACCAGAUUGACUACUUAUGACUGUCCCAAGUUGUUUGUUUUGUCUGCAGCCUCUGAGAACUCAUUGGCAAUGUCUAUCACAGACACAUAUCAAAGACUUAGCAGAGAUAAGCAAACUGACAUACUCACUUUGAUGUUUACCUCAGCAUGUAGGAGGAGCCAUUUGAGACACAAAUACAGGAAAGCAUUUAUGACGUCCUCUGUCCCCGACUUAGAGAAUCAACUACAGUGUGCGAUGAACAGGAAGCUUGAGCCAUCAAGGUCAGAUAACAGGUUGAUUUUUGUGUUCUGUGGGAAUGGAGUGACCUACAGGGGAAUGUGUAAGCAGCUUCUGAAAGAGGAGCCAGUGUUCAGAGAAAAGGUCAGAGAGGUUGAGAAUCUCUUCCAGAAUUAUAAAAGUACUGGCAUCUCACAAAAGAUAGCAAACGAUUUUGACAAUGAUGAUUAUACCAAGCCAGAUGUUGUUCAGCCCCUCCUCUUUGCCAUUCAGGUUGGCAUUGCCAGUCUCUUCAAGCACUGGGGCAUCAAACCAGAUGCCAUUCUUGGCCACUCUGUUGGAGAGGUUGCUGCUGCCCACUGCUCUGGUCUGCUGUCCCUUGAGGAUGCAGUGAAGGUGAUCUAUUUCCGCAGUACUCUGCAGAGUAAGGUAACAGGAGGGAAAAUGCUUGUGGUCAGUAACAUGACUGUGUCAGAGAUCCUGAAAAUCCUUCCAAUCUACUCUGGGAAGGUUUGCCUGGCUGCUUUCAACAGCCCACAGUCCUGCGCCCUCUCAGGUGAUGCAGACGCUAUAGACAAUAUCCAUCAAAAGCUGACAGCUUUGUUUAGAGGCAAGAAUCUGUUCCUCCGUGUACUGGAUGUACCUGCUGCAUACCACAGCCAUAUGAUGGAUCCCAUAGUGGAUCAUAUUGAGGAAAGUAUUGGUUCUUUGGCAGCGAACAAAAUGGAUUGUGAGCUUUUCUCAACAGUGACUGGAGACAUGUACACCCAUGGAGACUUUAGCACAGGGAGAUAUUGGGCUAGGAAUAUCCGAGAGCCAGUUUCAUUUGAGCAGACAAUGAAAGCAGCGACCAAAGACCAGAAGAAUGUGGUCUUUGUGGAAAUAGGCCCUAGAAGGGCUCUACAAAGGUACAUCCAGGAGACUCUGGGAAAUGACACUAUAGUUCUGUCCUCAGUGCAGCCAGAAAAAGAUCAUGAGACAAUGCUGACCACUGUGUCCAAAGUGUUUGAACAGGGGGUCCAUGUAGACUGGGACAAGUUCUACGAAGGCUGUGAGGCAUCACCAACACCUCUUCCAAGAUAUCAGUUUGAUAAUCUGACAAAAGAGGUGUAUUUUGAGGCUGUAAGACAAGGAAAUGAAAAAACAGCUUCCUCUCAACACCCACUGAUAUCUCAGACAAAGCAUGAGAGCAAAGAGCACAAAUGCAAUCUUUCAUCAGAUACUGCAGCAUAUCUCUGGGAGCACAAAAACAAUGGUGUUGCCAUUGCUCCAGGUGCAUUGUAUGUUGAACUGGCUUUUGCCUCAAUAAUGGCAAAUUCAAGACCAAAGAUGCCGAUUUGCUCGAUGCAGCUAAGUGUAACUUUUCAGAGCUUGUUUACACUCAGCACAAACUCUCAGCAUUUGAAAGUGGUACUGGAGGCAACCGAGAAUGAGACCAUGUUUAAGAUACAGUCUCCCUCAGCAACACACGCAUCAGGCACCAUUUGUUGUCGAAGUGGGCGAACAUUGGUUGAGGAACAAACCAUUUGCCCGGAUGUCAUUUUCAAAAGGUGCAAAUCCGUGGUAAAGGGGGAGGAGAUCUAUUCAUUCCUCUCCCGUGCAGGUUUUGAGUAUGGUCCUAUUUUCAGACAGCUGGAUGAUGUACAUUUCGGCGAUGAAUUCAAGGAGGCGGUGUCAGCAAUUAAGGUCUCAGGUGAGGUGCUGAAACAGCUUCAUGAGUACUUCCUUCACCCUGUGGUGUUGGACUAUUUUCUGCAAAUGACUGCUAUGGUAGCUGUUGGAGGACUGACCACCAGGCCGGUUUUCCCAUCUGCCAUUGGCAGUGUGGUAAUAGCAGCACCUCUGCAGGAGGAUAUGAUUAUGUAUCUGAGAGCAAUUCAAGAAACCUCAGACUACUUAGAUGUUUGUGGUUGCUUUUCCAAUAAAGACGGACAUGUUUUAGUGGAACUAAAGCAUGUGAGGAUCUCGUUUUUAGGAAAUUGUUCACAUGUUGCAGAGUCAUUCUUCUUUCACAAUGAACUUUUCACCAUCACUGACAAUACCCAUGUAAGCUGUAAACCCAAAGCCUUGAUCUUUGAGGACAUCCUGGGAGUUGGCACAGCAUUGAGGCCACACCUACACCAAACAUCAUUUUUUGUCUUGAACAGAGAGUUUGGAACCAACCCACAAGUUCGAGACUUAGUGUCUCACUCUCUUCAAGGUGAUGCUGGUGUAGAUACACAGGAGGUACUGUUCAUGUGGGGUGUACAAGACCUCAGUCAUCUGUCGACUGAGAUGGCAUUGGAAUGCUUGGUUGACUGCUGUGAGCAUUAUCGUCAGAUUGUUCUUGCCUUGAAAGAAAACAAGUGUUCCUGCACAAUCCGAGUCAUAACCUACCGUUCAGCAGAGACGACCGUAGACCAUGUCAAUCCUGGUUUUGUCCUGUCCGGCAUGACAAGAGCCUGUGCUGCUGAGAUACCAAGCCUCUCCUUUCAGCUGAUUGACCUUGCUUCUGUGUCAAGUGAAGACAUUCAGGCAUUGGUUCAUGUGAUUAACACCAGCAAACACCCAGAGGUCAUGAUUAGCAGGGGCCAAAUAUAUUCAACAGUGAUAGUCCGUACGCCCAUAAAAGGGAUUGCCAGCUCUGAGGGAACUGUCUACUCUUUGAGUUCUGGGCAUUUCAUCCUUCAGACUGCUGAUCCAUACAGAAUGACUAGCUUGUCUGCCAUGCCUUUUGAUGUAAAGGAUAACCACAUCCAGGAGAAAUCAGUUGAAAUUCAGCUCAGUGAGAUUUGUGUUCAUUCCUCAGACUACUUUUCUGUCAGCGUCUCUGAUCUGAACUUUGGCCAGACAAUGUACUGGAACAAACAUGCUUCUCAGAACCACCAGCUUUUGGCCCUUGACUUCAGUGGCACUGUCACAGCUGUAGGGAAAGGUGUGAGCAAACUGAAAGUGGGAGAGCAUGUAGUUUCAUGUUAUCCUAUUGCUGCAUCUUCUAAGGUUGUGAUUCCAGAAGCAGCAUGCUACAAAACAAAGAGGCUCCCAUUUCUGAAGGAGGCUCCAUGUGUGUCCUACUUUGUGCUGGCAUGGGACAUCUUGUACAGAGCGUUACCCAGAGUCAAACAACAGAGAAGGUUGGCCAUCAUCUCCUCUGUACCUGACUCUGUUCUGCUGAAGGUCUUAACCCAAACGGCAAACAAAUCAGGAUGGAAUGCCAUCGUUCUGCCCCAGUUUAGUGGACAACUCCUGAACAUUGAUCAGUGUAAUACAUUUGUUGUAUUGCCUCCCUUUGAUCCAUCUGUAGUGGUAAGAAUAAGCAGUGGAGCCACAGCAAAGAAUAUUGUUGUAGUCUGUGACAACCAGGUGUCAUCCUCAGCAAACAUUUUUGCACAUGAGAGUGAACAUACACACAUCCAAACACUUUACGUGUCAAAUGUUUUCCAGAGAGCCAAUAUAAAGGCACAGAAAACAAAGAUCCACAAUUGGCUGAGGUCAUUACAUUUGGAUGGUGUAUCGCAAUCUCUGCAAACCAUUACCUUUCAAUCGACAGACACAAGAGAUCCUCAGCCCACUGCGCACUGUGAGUCCUACUUCAGAGCUAAGGCUGUGUCUCAAGUAGUUUUGGGUCAUGCGGAUUCAGAAAAUACACUAUCUGAUAUCCCUUUGCUAAUGAGACCACGGCAGCUCUUUAAGAAGAGUUGUGUGUACAUUGUGACCGGAGGGCUCUCGGGUUUGGGACUUGAGACUGUGAAGUUCAUUGCUCACAGGGGUGGCGGAUGCAUUGCAACCCUCUCCAGAAGUCCCAUGUCAGCUGAGAUGCAGUUUGAGAUGGACACUCUCCAGAGGAGAUGUGGGGUGUCUAUCAUGAGUGUCCAAUGUGACGUGUCAGUGUCAGGGCAGGUUGUGAAUGCAAUCACAGCAAUUGUACAAAUGUUUCCCUCCUGUCCAAUCAAAGGAGUGUUUCACAGUGCAGCUGUGUUGCAUGAUGCUUUGAUCGAAACCCUUGACCGAUCACACUUCAAUAAAGUUCUUCGACCCAAAGUGAAUGGGGCAUUGAAUCUUCACUAUGCAACACAGCACAACAAAUUGGAUUACUUUGUGUGCUACUCUUCCAUCUCUUCAUUCAUUGGCAAUGCUUCGCAGUCUAACUAUGCAGCAGCCAAUUCGUUCCUGGACACUUUCUCUCAUUAUCGGCGAAACCUUGGGCUUGCUGGACAGUCCAUCAACUGGGGGCCUUUGAACCUCGGUCUCUUGUUGAACAGAGACAAUUUCCAAAGGUUUCUUGAGGCAAAGGGCAUGAUGAUAAUGGAGGUGUCAGAAGUCCAUGAGGCCCUUGAAAAGUGUUUGUUGAUGAACAAUCCACAGCAAGUCAUUUGCAAAUUCAACUUCAGAAAUCUGAGCAACCACGUUCUCUCCCAAAACGCAUCUCUCAGAGGCAGGCUGACAGCUUUGGUCGAGCAAGAACUUGAGAACACCAACAUGACAGAACCCAUUGUCCAACAGCUUUCCACAGCACAUGAGAAUGUCAGGGCUAUGCUAAGUAAAAUCACCAGUGUUAGCAUAGAUGAGGUAAAUGACGACACUGCCCUGUAUGCACUGGGUAUUGACUCAAUGUUGGCUAUGACUCUGCAGAAUUACAUCUUCCAAGAGAGAGGUGUGAAUGUUCCCCUGGUUAAACUACUGGAUCCAACCACCACACUGUCUACAUUGGUAACAAUUCUGAAAGAGAGUGGGUAAGACAGCAAUGUGUACUAGCAACAUUGAAAUAUUUUACUGAGUAUUUUGGAUUAUAACACUGUCUAAUAUAAUUUGUAUUGGUAAAUGUUCUGUUUAUUUUAAAGGAUGCUACAGUGCCUUCAGAAAGUAUUCAGACCCUUUGACUUCCUCCACAUUUUGGUGACGUUACAGCCUUAUUCUAAAAUGGAUUAAAUUGUUUUUUCCCCUCGUCCAUCUACACACAAUACCCCAUAAUAAGAAAUUCGAUUUUUGCAAAUUUGUUACAAAUAAAAAACAGUUAAACUUUAUUUACAUAGGAUUUCAGCCUCUUUGCUAUGAGAUUCGAAAUUGAGUUCAGGUGCAUCCUGUUUCCCUUGAUCAUCCUUGAGAUGUUUCUGCAACUUGAUUGAGUCCACCUGUGGUAAAUUCAAUUGAUUGAACAUGAUUUGGAAAGGCAGGAUUGAGCCAAAGAUGAAUGGAGCAAAGUACAGAAAGAUCCUUGAUGAAAACCUGCUCCAGAGCGCUCAGGACCUCAGAUUGGGCAAAGGUUCACUCCCCAAAUACAGGUGUGCCAAGUUUGUAAUAGCUGCCAAAAGUGCUUCAACAUAGUACUGAGUAAAGGGUCUGAAUACUUAUGUAAAUGUGAUAUUUCCGUUUUUAUUUUAUUUUAAUUAGCAACAAUUUAUGUUUGUUAACAUUGCAUGUUAACAAUUUGUGAAAUGGAGGUUUAGAGUUUUGUUGAGUGUGGCUUAGUCUAAGUUGCAAAAAUACCCCUACUCCAUUGAUACGAAAAGCUCAUUGAAUUAUCCAGUGACAUAAUCAAAGCCUGAGGUUUUGUCAACUAUAUUAUACUAUAUUACCAAGAAUA